UUUUUUUCCUCAAUUUUUUUUUUUUUCACAUAUAAUCUAUUACAAAAAAAAAAAAUGGCUCCCGCUGGUAAGGCUCCUGCUAAAACUACUGAAAAGAAAUCCAAGGCUGAUAUUAAGAAGAGAAAGUCUAGCCGUAAGGAAAGUUACUCUUCUUAUAUUUACAAGGUUUUGAAACAAGUCCAUCCUGAUACUGGUAUUUCCAACAAGGCCAUGUCCAUUUUGAAUUCUUUUGUCAACGAUAUCUUUGAACGUAUUGCUUCUGAAGCUUCCAAGUUGGCUGCUUAUAAUAAGCGUUCCACUAUUUCUUCUCGUGAAAUUCAAACUGCUGUUCGUCUUAUUCUUCCUGGUGAAUUGGCCAAACAUGCUGUCUCUGAAGGUACCAAGGCUGUCACCAAAUACACCUCUUCCAAAUAAUUGAAUUACAUUCUUUUCUCCUAUCAAUUCUUUUAUAUAUAUAUAUUUUAUUAUUAUUAUUAUUAUUUUUGCCAUAUCAUCUUUUUUCAUUUCUUGUCAAUUAGUCUAUCUCCCUUUUCACAUUUUAGUUUAUAUCAUUUCAUUCUCUCCGUUAGUAU